GAAAACUAGAGCAGACAAAAGAAGUGCGGACGAGUGGGAAAAGAUUUGAGCACGUGCGGUCUGUCCCGCUAGCCGUAAUUUUGUGUCCAGCAAGAAAGCUAUGACAGCAUCACAGACUACCCCGCCUCCUCUCGCCGAUAAAUUGAUAUAAUAUAAUGUCGCAGAGGUUCCCAGAGGUCCAGGGAGGUGGCUCCCUGAUCAUUGCAUGGCAGGUGAAAGAUAAGAACGUAUUAGUGGUCGGUGGCGGAGAGGUUGCUGCUGGCCGUAUUUUACACGCGCUCAAUGCAGAUGCCAGAGUCACGGUCGUCUGCCCUUCGUCUGGGCUGAAUGACGAAGUAGCAUUCCGCGUUGCAGAGAAGCAAGUAUCUCAUAUCGAUCGCAACUUCGAGCCACAAGAUCUUGAUGCGGCAGAUAUGGUUCUCUGUGCCGUUGAUGACCCAGAAGCCUCGACCAGGGUCUGGAAGCUCUGCAAGGAGCGCCGUAUUCCUGCCAAUAUCGCAGACGUGCCAUCGGAGUGCGACUUCUAUUUCGGCAGUGUCCAUCGGGACGGGCCAUUGCAGGUUAUGGUGAGUACCAAUGGAAACGGGCCGAAAAUGGCCAGUAUCAUUCGGAAGAAGAUCGCGGAGACCCUGCCUAAGAAUACUGGUGCAGCGAUCGAAAAUGUGGGCAUACUACGCAAAAAGCUAAGAGGGAUCGCUCCCGAUCUCGAGGAGGGAGCAAAGCGUAUGAAAUGGAUGUCUCGCGUCUGUGAAUCAUGGAGUCUGGAAGACCUAGUCGAAAUGAAUGAAGGAGAAAUGGACAGACUCCUCACUUAUUACAAGUCGGAUGAAGUUCCUAGCUUGAAGGCGAUUCGUGACGCCAAUUAAAGGGUUAUGAUCUCCCAGAGAGAUGAGGAUUCUAACGGAGAAAACCAGAGAGCUUGGACCAUGGAUAUAUGUACGCUCAUGUUAGCGGUUACGAGUACUUAUCUUUCCAAUGUACAACAUUUAUAUUGCCCUUCCAUGACACGGGAAUUCUUGCACAUACAAAAAGCGAAGAACGCCUAGCGCUCAAAAGAGAAUGCGCGAGGUUUGGAUUGCAAAAUACAAAUCAAGAACGUAGAAACACAAGACCAAUUCUCAUCCAUGGUCGCCCAGGGGGAAUGAUAGAAACGAGGAACUCGUAGCGCAAAGUGCUAAGGAAAAUCUUCGACAUAUAUUGGGAAUCAAUAUGCUGAAAGCUCUUGAAGGACAAAUGCCGUAAGCGGUAGUGGCGCCCGC